AUGUACGAACAAGAACUUCCAUCAAAUUUAGAUGACUUUCCUAAUUAUAACCUUAAGUAAUCAGCUGAAUCUGAGAAAGUUAUUGUAGAUGAUGAUCAAAAGAAAAAAGCAGCUUAUCAAUUUAUGCAAUCUUUAGAAAAGAAUCUGAGAACUAAGAUUAGCAGUCCUUAACAAAGAGUUUAAACAAUAGCUGUGUCUCUUGAAUUGUAUGAUACAAUUUUUAAUAAAAUUUAUUGCAAUACUCUUUAUAAGGUAAUAUAUUCAAUAUAUUAAAUUAAAUAGGAAACCUUAUUCCCAUUAGCUGAAUCUUUAGAAGAAGCAUUCAAUGAUGAAUUUGAUUCAAUAACCAAAUUACUUUUCAAUGAAAGUUGUUAUAGACAUGCAUUCUAAAGUGUGCAAUAACAAUUCAAUUUACAAACAUCAAUAGAAUCAUGGCAAAAUUAUUAAUUGCUUUUUGCAGCACUAUAAUAAAAGUAUACAAAAUGCUGAAUUAGGCAAAAUAUUGAUCUUCCCCUUCCUCCAAGUUGGAUUUGGGACAUUUUGGAUGAGUAUGUAUAUCAAUUUUAUGUGUCCUCCAGAUGGAGAAAAUCAUUAAAAAAUGAUGAAAUUAGUCAAUUGAAAAACAUUCAAGAUUUUUGGAAUCUAGAAGAGAUACUAAAAACAUUAGAAGCAUUCUAUACUCAAAGAAAUAGUUCUGUCUAAAAUACUUUAUAAUAUUUGGCUUUUUAUUCAUAUUUAGCCACUGCCAAAUUACAUGUGAUGUCUGGUAAUUUCUAAGUUGCUUAUACAAUGUUAUCAUAAAUUCAACAUUCAGAAUUAAUUAUUUAUAGUAAAUCAGGUGGAGCUUAUUAAUCAUUAUUCAGUUAUGCUGGAUUCUGUUUUUUAUUAAAUAAAGAAUACAAAAAAGCUAAUCUUACAUUAACUUUAAUUGUUAAUUACUUCAAUAAAUAUAAAUAGUUAUAUUCAAAAUCUUAUUAAUAUGAUAGUUUAAUCAAAUAACAUGAAAAAAUAUUGGCAUUAUUAGCUGUUACAUCUUUAUAUUAUCCUGAAAUUGAAGACAAUAUAAUCACAUUAUUAAAAGAAAGUAGAAACAAAUUAUUUGAAAAAUAUGAAAAAAUGUUAAAGUAUGAUCAAUAAAUCAUUGGAGAAGUUUUUUUAUAAUCUUGUCCUAAGAUAAUCAAUACAAUUAAGAAUAUCAAAGAAUUAUAAAAUGAAUAAGAAAUUAAUCCAAAUGAAAUAAUAAUAGAUUUGAAAGAUAAGUUAUUAAAGGAAGUAUUGGAGGCUAAAAAAAUUAAUGAUGUUGAAUAAGUAUUAAGUCUUUACAAUUAAAUAACUUUCCAGCAUUUUAAUAAAGUAAUUUAAUUUAAUAUCAAUUUAGUUGCUUCCUGAUAAAUAUGUCUAAUUGUAUAUUGAAAGAAAUAAUGUCACAUUAAAUGAAAAUUCUUUUGAAUCAACUAUUCUUAGUAAAUUUUGGUAGAAGUCUAAAUUAUUGGAUAUUGAAGUUAAAAAUAAUACCAUAUAUGUUAAGGAAGUUUCAGUUAAUUAAGUAAAUUAUAAUAUUUAAUUUCUUAUAGAGAGAUUUCAUCAAUUAAUUAGCUUAGAUGAAUGCAAAUCUUGAAAAGAACAUCUAAGAAUUGAGUAAGAAUUUGUGA